AGAAAACUGACAGCAAUAGCGCCCGAAGGAGCAGCCUGACAGAAGCAGUUCAGACUGUGAGAAACAGAUGGCCUUGAGCGUGGCCGACAGAGCCAUCGGUGCCAUCAUUGGGGCAGCCGUAGCAGAUGCAGCUGCCCAACCGAUGCACUGGAUUUACAACCCAGACAGGCUGACAGAAGUUCUCUCCGAUCUAGAGCCCUGUCCAGAGUUUCGGCCUCAGUCAGCGAAUCCUUUUUACCGCAGGACGACGGGUGAGCAGACCUGCUAUGGAGACCAGGCCUACGUCCUGCUGGAGUCCCUGAGUCAGUGUGGAGAUGUGGAUGUGAAAGACCUGACUAAGCGCUUCUAUGAGUUCUUUGGACCAGGAACGGUGUAUGAUCUGCCCCUUAAUGAUCCCUACAGGAAAAAAGGAGGUCCGAAAGCUGUUCUUCCCAUUGAUGGUCCGUGGAGGAACGGUAGCUUGAAGGCUUUCUUAAGAAAUGUCGAUGCUGGAAAAGAAGAAUCAGGCUGCGACGUGGACUGCCAAAUGGACGGUGUCACCAAACUCGCUCCAGUGGUUGCCAUGUUCGCUGGGAGGCCUGACAUGCUGGAAAAAGUUGAGAGCGCCAUACGGGUCACCCAAAACAACGACAUGUGUGUGGCUGUGACUCUGGCUGCUGCAAGGUUCCUGGAGCAUUUCAUCCUGAAAGGCGACGAUCCCAAAGCUUUGGAUGCAGUUGUGGCUCAGUUGAAUGACCCCAACAGGUCCAACCCUCAGGAUCUGGACAGGGCUGUCAUUGCCCAUAUCAGCCAAGUGAAGGAGAACUUAGCCAAAGCGUCCCAUCAGCUCAUACCUGCUGUGUUCACCAACACAUGAGCUUUGCCCGGUGCAUUCCAGGGAGCGCUGCAUGCAGUCCUGACUCUCAGUCAGCUUGAUGAAGCAGUGAGGGACACCAUGCGCCGAGGGGGAUGCACCGCCAGCAGAGCCUCAUUCAUCGGAGCCUGUUUCGGGGCACAGACCGGAAUCCAGGGAAUUCCUGAAUCGUGGAGGAAGAGGACGUUCAGAUACCCUCUGCUGUUAGAGCUGGCUAAAAAUUUGGUCAGCAAACAGCAGCAAUUCUAGAUUAACAUCCCAUAAUCCCCUAAUUUGUGGGACGAAAUUAGCAAAUUUCAUUGAUACUAUUCAUUUCAACCCAUACUAAUUUGACAUUUUCUAACAAAGGCAGACAUUCCUGUCUUACAGAUAUGCUUUGACAUAGCAAUUCAUGACAGUUGCAUUUUAAAGUACCCUGCUGAGUGUAACUUGAAAAUAUUUGUUUUGUCAAAGCUUCAUUUUGUAAUAAAAAAGGGGAAUAAAAAAAUGUGUGUAA